GGGCCAUGCUUCUUUUUCCACCGUCAAAAUUCUUGGAGGAGCAGCCCUCGACUCUCUAUCUCUCUCUCUCUGCUCGGGUACCCAUUUCCAUGUGCAAGUUGGCAUCUCCCUGGCAGGCAGCGAGCUCGACUGGAAUGUCGCUGUGGGACGACGUUUAAGCAAUGUGGAGCUACCAAUUCCCAAUUUGAUUUUGUGUGGCGAUUAAUAAUCAGUCAUGUUGAAGAAUGUCGUUUCCAGCCCACUAGUUGAUUUGAUUUGUUCCGUCUUUCCAAAUUUUCAACAGAAACUCCGCAAUUAAAACAUAAGGGGGAAAAAAUAGAAUUCAGCUUCAUGGACCGAUCCAAUUGCCCUGGUUGUUGCUUUCCUCAAGAACCUGGGGAACUUAAUAAAAUAAAAUAACAACUAAAAAGAAUAUAGCCAUUUUUCCCCCCUCAGUGAAAGGCUAGUGGUAAACUGGUUAAGCAUAUUCUUUCUCCGUUGCCGAUCCGGCCCAUUAGGUGGAGCCCAGUUAAGCAGCGGGCCCAGCUUUCUGUGAACGACCUAGUACCAUCUUUCCAAUUUAGCUCCCAUAUAAUUUGCAAAAGCCCUGAGUGGUUAGCGGACCAACCGUUAUUGUCUCGCCACGUGUCAUGCGGCACGUGCUCUUCGUACCAUCGCCUACAAAUUCCUGAUGAUCGAUUGUUUCUUCCCCUUCCCAUUUCCGUGGCAGCCAGCAAACCACUCUCAGUCUCAGUCCUCCACUCCACACUCCGCUGCUCCACCAUCCGGUAACUGGUUCAUUCUUUUUCCUUACUGUUCGCCGAUUCCUUUCGCUGCUCUUUGUUCUGUUCAAUUUCCUCUAAGUCCUUUCCUAAUUGUUCCCGAUUCAUUGUUUUUCUUCCGAUCAUCAAAGGGGGAUUCGUUGCAGUUUUAACAUUAUUCAUCAAUGGCGACCAUCACUGCUGCGCAUUUCGUGUCGAGAGCCUCCCAUGUCAGCUCGGAGACCAAGGCUAGUCCCGUGGGCCUCCAGGCACAGAGCCUAAGCCACCACGGCCUCAGGGCGGUGAACACGGUAGACAAGCUGCAAAUCCGAACCAAGGCGAAAGCGAUCGCGACCAGAGCCGUGAAGAAAUCUCAGGCGGUCACUGAAUCGCCUUCGUCUGCCAAAAUUGUGUGCGGAGCAGGGAUGAAUUUGGUGUUCGUCUCUUCCGAGUGUGGGCCCUGGAGCAAAACCGGCGGUCUCGGUGACGUCCUCGGUGGACUCCCCGCUGCAAUGGCCGCCAGAGGACACAGGGUGAUGACGGUUUGCCCUCGUUAUGAUCAGUACAAAGAUGCUUGGGAUACCUGCGUCUUCGUCGCGAUUCAAGUUGGGGAUAAAGUGGAGACAGUUCGCUUCUUCCACUGCCACAAAAGGGGAGUUGAUCGCGUCUUCGUUGAUCACCCUUUGUUCCUUGAGAAGGUGUGGGGCAAAACUGGAUCCAAGAUCUAUGGCCCUACUACAGGAAUUGACUACAGGGACAACCAAUUGCGUUUCAGCAUGCUGUGCCAAGCUGCUUUAGAGGCACCAAGGGUUCUGAAUUUGAACAGCAGCAAAAAUUUCUCCGGGCCAUAUGGGGAUGAUGUUCUCUUCAUUGCCAAUGAUUGGCACACUGCUCUGCUCCCUUGUUACUUGAAGACCAUGUAUCAGCCAAGGGGCUUCUACACAAAUGCUAAGGUUGCCUUCUGCAUCCACAACAUUGCUUAUCAGGGACGAUUUGCCUUUGCUGACUUCUCUCUUCUCAAUUUGCCCGAUUCCUUCAAGGGCUCCUUCGACUUCAUGGAUGGAUACAAUAAGCCAGUGAAAGGAAGGAAGAUCAACUGGAUGAAAGCUGGAAUACUGGAAUCUGACAGGGUGGUAACUGUGAGCCCAUACUACGCCCAGGAACUGGUCUCUGGUGAGGAUAAAGGCGUCGAAUUGGACAACGUCCUUCGCACCAAAACCGUCACUGGAAUUGCAAACGGCAUGGAUGUUCAAGAAUGGGAUCCGGCUACCGACAAGUACAUUGAUGUGAAAUACGAUGCAACUACGGUCACGGAUGCAAAGCCAUUGUUGAAGGAAGCACUUCAAGCAGAGUGCGGAUUGCCAGUGGACAGGAACAUUCCUGUGUUUGGAUUCAUUGGCAGAUUGGAAGAACAGAAAGGUUCAGACAUUCUUUGUGAAGCUAUUCCUCAGUUGAUGGAGGAGGAUGUGCAAAUAAUAAUCCUCGGUACGGGGAAGAAGUACAUGGAGGAGCAGAUUGAGCAGCUGGAGAAGUUGUACCCUGAUAAGGUCAGGGGAGUGGCGAAAUUCAACGUCCCCUUGGCCCAUAUGAUCACAGCUGGAGCUGACUUCAUGUUGGUCCCCAGUAGAUUUGAGCCAUGCGGUCUCAUCCAGCUGCAUGCCAUGCGAUAUGGAACGGUGCCAUGCGUUGCUUCAACUGGUGGGCUGGUGGACACAGUGAAGGAAGGUUAUACUGGAUUCCAGAUGGGAGCAUUCAACGUGGAAUGUGAUGCAGUUGAUCCAGCUGAUGUGCAGAAAAUAGUGACUGCUGUGAAAAGGGUGAUUGCCGCAUUUGGGACACCAGCCGUGGAAGAGAUGAUUCAGAACGGAAUGGCACAGGAUCUGUCGUGGAAAGGGCCUGCAAGGCUGUGGGAGAAGAUGCUGUUGGGACUGGGAGCUGCCGGGAGUGAGGCUGGCGUUGAAGGUGACGAGAUCGCACCCCUCGCCAAGGAAAAUGUCGCCACUCCUUGAGUGGAAGCACGCACGGGUUUUUUGACAGCAGAUUGGCUUCUUCAUAAAAGAAGUAGCAGCAGCAGUAGUAGUAGUAGAAUAAGUUGAUGUCUCGGGCUGACUUAUUAUAAAUUCCUGCAUUAGUUUUAAGUCGUGGAAGAAUGUUUUGUAUAAAGAAUUAGUUAAAGUAGGGUACUGGUGGUAGCUAAGCUUACUUGACUAACUGUUCUCUAUGUACUGAUCUAAGCGGUGGCAGAUCCAAAGUUCUAGUACUUUGUCAGGCUCGUGCGUGGGCGAGACUGGCAAAGGUUAAAUAAGAACCACGAAUGUUUCUUGCUAUAUAUGUAAUGUAGUUGCUCUUUGAUCUGGAUGGAACCACAUAAAAUGUCAUGGAACGUUGGAUGUGCAUAGCUGAUUUCCUGAAGCUAGCUACUCAGUGAGAGGAGUUUCCAGGCUUCAGUUAUCUGCAAGAAAAAUAAGAGAAAUUAGCGGCAUGAGAUAACCAGUAUGCUUCAAUAUACUGAUAUAAUCUCGCGAGCAUUCUCCUUCAUCUCGCCUCUUGUCCACAUUUCAAAAUCCAUAUCACAUAUCUCUGAUGAAUAAAAACUAAAAUAAUUGCAUAAUCAAACGUGGGUGGUAACGAAAUGUAAAAUGAGGCUAAUGAGUCCUGUCUUAUUCGUAAUCAUACAAACCACCCCGCCUAAUCCUACCAUUGAUUAGAGAGGUGAGAUUGGACAAAGGAAAACGAUGCGGCCGCCUCAUUUCGUUCCAUGGGCCCGUUAGGCCCAAACAAACUCCAACAGCGCCGACCUGACUCACGCCCCCGUCAGCCUCACACUUUCUCACGCUUUCCCACUCAACAAAUAGUAAAUUAUCAGUAAAUAU